AUGGGAACGCUCGAAGGACACCUGCUGCCAGGAGUAGGCUUCCUCAUCUUCGCGGUCUACUAUUCCUUGCUAACAUCUUUGGCCCUGCUCCGGAAACAGAAGAUGCUCAAGCACCCCUUGCUCCCGAGGAAGCUGCUGGGACACAGGUUGUAUUGGCAGGUAUCCUAUGAAGCAGUGGCAAAGGUGGUUGUCCCCUCUAUUUGCCUUUUUUGUGAAUACUUCUACCCCCUAGGAGUCAACCGUCUGAAGAUGAUAGACUGGAAGGACCCUCGGCGGGUGUUUAUUUUCAAGGACAACUGGGAGCAUGAAACCAUGUUUGGGUUCUUUCUUCUCAGUGGCAUAGUGGACCUUGUGAGCCAGGCACAUCAGGCACGUUGGAGUGUGAAGCUGGAGCGCGCGGCCGAAGCCCUGGCUUUCUAUGUGCUGGCACUGCUGAUGAUAACCCAUAUUGAGAACAAAAGCGCCUUGGAAAUCCGAGUCCAUCUUCUGUUUGUGUUGCCUGCCUUCUUGCUUGCUCUGGUGCUCACUGUGGAGAUCUGGGUCCCUGACGAUCCCCCACUCUGGAUCCUGAAGAGCUGGAUGGGGCUGGUGUUAAGCACCUGGAUGAUGCAGAUCUGUGAGAUGUAUAUACCUUUCACUGGACAGCCCUGGAGGGCAGACAACCCUGUGGACCGGGCAUUUUUAACCAUCUUCUUCUGCUGGCACCUGGCCUUAGGGCUUGCCUUGUUUAUUACCAUCUUUGGCCUCUCCAGUCUCUGGCUCCGUCACUAUUCUUCCUGGACAAAGCCUCUUGAGGCUAGGUACCAGUGGUGCCCUAUGGAAUCCAGUGGUGAAGAACUAGAAAAGCUCAGUGCAGAACCUGUGUCACAGAAUGGAGGUGUGUAG